GCCGGAAAGAGAACGAGUCUACGUCACUUCUAGCAACCGCUCGCCCGCUGUCCGGGGUUGAAUAAGUCCAAACAGCUAAAAAAAUUUCGUUUCGAUUUUGCACUGCGAACACCCCUCUCUCUUUUCCUAUCUUCAUUACACCAUGUCUGACGCUGCUGACGUUAAGUUGACCACCGCUGGUUUCGACGCUCGUUUCCCCAACACCAACCAGACCAAGCACUGCUGGCAAAACUACGUUGACUACUUCAAGUGCAUCAACGCCCGUGGUGAAGACUUUGCUCCCUGCAAGCAGUUCUACAGAGCCUACCACAGCUUGUGCCCUAACGAAUGGAUCGAAAAGUGGGACAACCAACGUGAGGAAGGCACCAACCCCUCAAACAUGAACGUCUAGAUUUCUUCUUUUAUGAAUUGAAAUGAAAGAAAAAAAAAGAAAAGCCUAUGCGUCAUUGCAUAAAUCCUUUUUCUUGUUUGUGAAUUAAUGAUUGAUAUG